AUGCAGGAAUAUCUCUGGAUUCUGUGGCAGCUCUUAGCUGUCGCAUCAGCAUGCGAAAGAAAUUUCCCAGAUGACGACUUCCUUGCGCAAUGGCCCACGUCAAAACCCUACCUUACACUUCGCGCAGAACCAUUUCCACCAUCUUUAAGCCCCAAUGAGAAAGUACUUUCCGACUCAUUUGACAGCGCCGAAAUCGGAACAUGGUUAUCAUACUACACGCAUGGUGAUCACAUCGCCGGUCGUAACAAAUCCAUGGCUCAGACAACCGCAGAUGCGUGGAACUCGAAUGGCGUGCCCUCUUCUCUUGUCGAAUAUGAAGUCUAUUUGAACUAUCCGGUGUCGGCAAGCCUGAGUUUAAAUUACGCGAAUGGGAGUAAGUACAAUGCGCAGUUGUUUGAGGACGUAGUGAAGGAGGAUGAGACAACGAAGUACGAAAAUACCGUACCGGCAUUCCACGGAUAUUCAGCGAAUGGGAAUGUAAGCGCAGAGUAUGUAUAUGUUGGACUAGGCCAUAAAGAUGACUUUGCACGCUUGGUUUCACUUUCUGUGGACCUAAAAGGAAAGAUAGCCUUGGCGAAGUAUGGCGGCCCCUUUAGAGGCAUCAAGGUUAAGAACGCCCAAGCAAAUGGCAUGAGCGGAGUGGUUAUUUUCACAGACCCUGGCAGCGAUGGACCACAAGCCAAGAAAGGUGACAAGGCCUAUCCUGAUGGACCUGCUCGACAUCCAUCGUCUCUCCAGCGCGGCUCAGUCGCCUACAUCAGCAACUACAUAGGUGACCCCACAACCCCUGGAUACCCCUCCAAACCUGGGUUCGCCCGGACCUCAGGCACAGAAGUCUUGCCCAAAAUCCCUUCUCUCCCAAUCUCUUACCGCGACGCAAUCCCGCUUCUCAGAGCACUCGAUGGGUAUGGUACAGCCGGGAGUGUCAUGCGGCGAGAUGGCUGGACGGGUGGCCUCAAUGUGACCUACAGCACUGGGCCUGCCCCUGGAAUCACAAUAUCUAUGUCAAAUUUAAUGAAGGACGCCACCACACCCAUUUGGAACGUUAUUGGAAGUAUUAAUGGGACGAACGCAGAUGAAACGAUUAUCAUUGGUAAUCAUCGUGACGCGUGGGUCAUCGGUGGAGCAGGAGAUCCGAAUUCGGGAACCGCCAUGCUGAUUGAGGUUACGAAGGCUUUUGGAGUGUUGAUGAAAACUGGAUGGAAACCUAAGAGAAACAUCAUUAUCGCCUCCUGGGAUGCCGAGGAAUAUGCUUUAAUCGGCUCGACCGAAUGGGUUGAAGAAUACGCCCCCUGGCUUUCUGGAACUGCGAUUAGCUACCUCAACGUAGACAUCGCAGUCUCUGGCCCGCUGCCUGGUGCUGAUGCCACACCCGAACUUCGCGGUGUCGCCCAAGACGUGAUGAAGAAGGUAAUAUACGGGACACAGACGCUCUAUGAUGCCUGGUACAAGCUCUACCAAUUCCGCCCCGAAGACAGCGGCUUUGGAAACUUGGGCGCCGGAAGUGACUACGCCCCAUUUCUACAACUUGGUAUCGGCGCGCUCCAUUUCGGUAUGUCAGGUGGCUCUACCGACCCCGUCUACCACUACCACUCUAAUUACGACUCCUACCACUGGAUGACCAAAUUCUGCGACCCUAAUUUCGCCAUACACACUACUGUAGCCCAAUAUAUCACACUCCUAGCCUACCACCUCGCUGACGAUGUCAUCCUACCCCUCGACCUGGACGCCUUCGGUCGCAAUCUGGGAUACUGGGCUCGCGAUGUCACCGGCGAAACGAUCAACUACGGGGGUGAUGUAGGAUCCGUGCAACGGCAAGUGAAUCUAACUGAUUUAAUUAAUGCGUACAAGCAUUUCCAGGGCGUAGCGACCACUUUCACAAAGACAAUUAAAGCGAGCGGGUUUACGGACGAUGCGACAAGAGUGAAGCUAGCGAACCAGAAGUUGAGGGAUUUCCAAAGAGUAUUUGUAAGUAAGGAGGGAUUAAAGAUGAGGCCGUUUUAUAAGAAUGCGCUUUAUGCGCCGAAUCGAGAUGAUGGAUAUAAGGCACAGACAUUCCCUGGGACUAUCGAAGGUUUGCAGGAUAAGAAUAUCACUCAAGCGAGGGAUUGGAAUCUGUUUCUGAUCAAAGCCAUGAAUGCGGCCUCAGAUAUCUUAACUUUCCAGUAG